AUGCCUUUUUUUUCUGUUAAUUUAAGAUUUAAUUUAUCAAUAUUAUUUUUUUUGAGAGUUUCUAGGUUAGGUGUUUACACUGUAAUAUUGGCGGGUUGGGCUUCUAAAUUCAAAUUAUGCUUUAUUGGGAAGUUUACGAGCUGUAGCUCAAAACAAUUUCGUAUGAAUUUAGCUGAAACUAAUCGGACUCCUUUUGAUUUUGCUGAGGGGGAAUCUGAGUUAGUGUCUGGCUUUAAUGUUGAGUAUAGAAGAGGAGGUUUUGCGAUGAGUUUUUUAGCUGAAUAUAGCAGAAUUUUAUUCAUAAGUAUAAUUACUUUGUUGUAUAUUAUUUCUAGGAGGGGAUAUUUUACUAUAAUAUUUUUUUUUAAAAUUAUUUUUAUUUCAUUUUUUGAAUUUGGGUUCGGGAACUUUACCCCCUUACCUCGAUUCGUUAUGAUAAAAUUAAAUAUAUGUAGCUUGAAAAAAGUUAUUUUAUCUGUAGUCAUUAAUUAUUUAUUAUUUUUUUUGGAUUAA